UCUCUCCCUCUCUGGAAUCUCUCUGAGGGUGUUUGCUUGGUGGCCUUAGUUUUUCAAGUAUUGCUUGGAGUUGCAUAGAAACAAAAGGGUGUGGUGAGGAGGGGUUGGUGAGAGAAUAGAGCUUUGUCUCUUGUUUUCUUGUUUUUGGUUCUUGGUGGGUGAUCGGAGAGAGAGAAAGGGAGAGCCAAAGAAUGGGAAGACAACCGUGCUGUGACAAAGUGGGAUUGAAGAAAGGGCCAUGGACAGCUGAGGAGGACAAGAAGCUCAUCAACUUCAUCCUCACCCAUGGCCAAUGCUGUUGGCGGGCUGUUCCCAAGCUUGCUGGACUGCUGAGGUGUGGCAAGAGUUGCAGGCUGAGGUGGACCAAUUACCUGAGGCCAGACUUGAAGAGAGGGCUUUUGUCCGAGUAUGAAGAGAAGAUGGUCAUUGAUCUCCAUGCGCAACUGGGCAACAGAUGGUCGAAAAUAGCAUCUCACCUCCCGGGAAGAACAGACAACGAGAUCAAGAAUCACUGGAACACCCACAUCAAGAAGAAGCUCAAGAAGAUGGGCAUCGAUCCUCUCACUCACAAGCCAUUAGUCGCCGGCAACACAACCGAUCAACAACCCCCGCAAACAACCCAGACCCAUCACCAUGAAUCGACUGAUCAAGAACCAACCUUAUCGUCAUCCACCAUAGAUGCUUCGUCCCAGACAGAUCACAACAAGGUCGAUCUCGAGUCGCCACCGGCCUCGACAGGGUCUAAAGAAGAAGAAGAAGAAGAAAGAAGCACAUUCGAUGAUGCAAUGGAGGCCAUCAACAGCUUCCUCUGCUCAGACGAUGUCCCACUCAUUGACCCAUCUCAGAUCUUAGUCCCUUCUUCUUCUUCUUCGUCGGCUUCUUCGUACUCAACUUCACCAUCAUCUUCGUGGGAGGAGAGCAACAUAUUCGAGCACCUGCAGUUGCCGAUCAUGGACUGGCCUCAUGGCGAUUUCGGCGAAUAUAACAACAGCAACGACAAUUUGAGUUUUUGGGACGAUGAAGACUUCAGCUGGCACAUGUUAAUCGAUGCUGAUCCUGUUUUGGACCAAACGUCUCAUUCGUACGAUGGACUCUUGUGAUCGGAGAUUCGGUGGUGUAAAUACGCGUUGCUCUAAAAUACAGUUACCAGCAGACUAAAUAAAAAGUGUUGAGAACCGGGGAAAAACCCUCAUCUCUAAAGAUUUGUAGCAAAUUUUCAGAUUUUCAUUUUUUUUUUUUUUUGUGGUGGGGGGGGGUUGGGGCACUUUUGCCUUUUUAAAGCAUUUCACUUCUAUGAAAGAAAAUGAAUAAAUGAGAGAGUUUAUGUGGAC